AUGAACGCUUGGAAGGACGAUCCUAACGGUUCACAAAUUGGACAGAGUGCCCCAGUUCCCGCCGUUACGACUCAGGCAACCCAGAAGGACACCAGUGAACCCUCGGCCACCGAACCAGUAUCGAGGUCGGACGCUACAAUGGUGGCAGUGAACGAGCCGAGCCCACAGUCUAAAAACAGUACAACAAACCCUGUUCCAUCUUCUUUUAAACCCUACGACGGGAGCAAAGAUUUUUCGUGCUGGCUGCGCCGCCUUAAGUUCCAUCUAGACGAUGUUCCACUAAACGAACGCAGCCAUACGGUGCUUCAACAUCUUGCAGACGACCAGAUGGACAAGCCACUCGAUGCCGGCCUCACCCGUCACACCCUUUUCCAGGUGCUGUGCGACCAACUGCAGAGGCUAUUCCAACCCCCAUUGACCAUAGAGGAAGCUCUUGACCAGCUGCUAAAACGUUCCUUAAGGAGCGAUGAUACCCCUCGGCAGUUCGCCGACGCCUUACUUCGGCUCGCACGCGACGCCUUCCCCUCACUGUCAGCGGCCGAUAGAGACCAAGUGGUCCUUUACCACUUCAAACGCGGACUCGGGUCCCAGGAGGUGACGUAUUCCCUGAGAAUUCAGCCACCGGGCGACCUCAACGAAGCCAUCCAGCGGGCAUCCCGCCUGCUAACAACCGAUGCCCCAACAGGCGAUAACCACCCCCGGGCUGAAUCGUGGAAAUCCACGCCAGACCGCGGGCAACAAGACAACACCUGGACCAGACCGCACUACCAGCCUUCACAACGAUUCAACCGCGGCAGCCGACACCCCACGUUCCGCACGCCCUAUCGACCCCCACCGCUCAACACUGGGCCAAGACAAUUCCGGGGAGAUAGAGACAGUACUGCGGCGGCGAUUACCAAGGAAGGUAACCACAUCAUUCCCGUCUGCUUUGAUAACGCGUCACAUAGUUUACCGUUUUACACGACGAUUUACCUAGACGACAAACCCAUUAAGGCUCUAGUCGAUACAGGUGCCAUCACGUCCUUAGUUCGGGCAGAUGUACUAGGCUCUAAGUGGCUUAACCUCGCCAGACAAAGCUGUCGCUCACCACACCUCAAAACCGCAGACGGGUCACCCAUGACCACGUUAGGGAUGGUUCGACUGCCCAUCUCCUUUCCAACUAGCAUUAAGGAACAAGCGUUUGUCGUCACUCACAGGAUGUCGUGGGACAUGAUACUCGGCCUAGAUUUCCUUUCUGCACACAACUGUUGUAUUAUGGUCAAAGAGCGCAUACUAUCCUUAGGGCAUAAGCCACCGCCUAACCACCCAACAGCCGCCAAGUUUGACGAAGAAGCCACCUGCGCGGCCAUCGCAGCGUCGGUAGCCUUACCACCCAUAAGUGUAGACACGGUCUUACCCCCAGAUGAUACGGUCGCCCUUACCGACAAGGCAGAAUUGAAGUCACUUCUGACUGCGUUUAGCGAUGUUUUCGCAUGGGACGAUACCUCCUUAGGCCGCACCGCUAUCAUCCGUCACAGCAUUGACACCGGCACGUCGAAACCUCUGUGGCAACCACCACGCCGCAUUCCACCACACUUUCAGAAGGAGGUGAGCGACCUAAUUCAAACGAUGCUGACCACAGGGAUAAUCCGCCCCUUCAAGUCGCCGUGGGCAUCGCCAGUCACAUUAGUGCCCAAAAAAGACGGCAAACUCCGAUUUUGUAUAGACUAUCGGCGACUUAAUGCGGUCACUACCCGUGAUUCGUUUCCACUUCCAAGAAUUGAUGUCACACUGGAAGCGCUUGCCGGAGCCCAAUAG